GUGUGUGAGAGAGAGACAGUUCAUGGAAUGCUGUGAUGUCAUCAGCUCAGUCAUACACAAAGGCAAGGAGGAGGACACACAAGCACACUCGCUCGAAUAGUUACUCUGCUGUGGAGCAUCUGCACCCCCACUGGAGGAGGAAGUGUCAGCUCAGAGGACGACAGAGGAAGCAGUCUUCAGCUUGUGUGUGUGUGUGUGUGUGUUUGUGACAGACGAGCCACGAUCUUCUUCUUCUCCUCAUGAGGCUCGUUUAGAAACCAACUCAUCUUCAGGAAACUGUUGGCUUAAGGAGUCAGGACAGUACCCCUCCACCUCCAGCCCACCACCGCCGCCACCAUGCUGCAGCAGAUCUUAAAGGACAUGUACAUCGACCCAGAUGUGUUGGAGGCCCUAAAUGAGGACCAGAAGAAGACCCUGUUCCUGAAGAUGAGAGAGGAGCAGGUGCGGCGCUGGACAGAACGUGAGGAGAAAGAAGCGGACCAUAGGCCAAAGUCAAAGACAGCCAACAGUAAGAAAGUGAGCUGGUUGCUGGGCAGGGACGGAGAUGUGGCGGUCAUGGCGAUUGGAGAGGUGGACGAGCUGAAGACCUCCAAACUCAUCUGCACUGGGCCUGCGGAAAGAAGAGCACCACCAAGCCUGCACAGUAACGCACUCCACCAGACAACCUCCCUGAAGAGCAACCUGGUAAACAGACCAGCCUCAGAACCUGUCAGAACUCGGAGAGAGGAUCUGCCUCCCAAAACACAGUCAGGGAUACAACUCAAUUUAAAGGAGAACAGUGAGGAAGUGAGGACAUUGCCCCCUCUACAGGUGGCAGUGAGUGAGCAGCAGCCACCUGCAGCAGUGGAAAAACAGGCUGAGUUGCAGCAGGAUGUAGAAGUAGAUGGUCCACAGGAAACUCCAGUCCUCCUGUCCUACAGACCUCACCCCAGAGCUGGCCCUUCCAACCUGAGGCUGGGUACCACACUGUCCUCUAUCCCCAAGACCAUCACACCGUCCUCUGUACCAAGCUCCACUCCAUCCCCUGUCCCCACUGUCACACCGUCUCAUGUCCCCAAGACCAUAACCCCUGUUCCUACCAUCACACCGUUUUCUGUCCCCAAAACCAUCACACCGUCUGCUUUCCCUAGCAUCAUAACACUAUCCCCUGUAACCAACAGUGUCAUACCGUCUCCUGUCCCCAGCAGCAGUGUCAUACCGUCUCCUGUCCCCAGCAGCAGUGUCAUACCUUCUCCUGUCCCCAGCAGCAGUGUCAUACCUUCUCCUGUCCCCAGCAGCAGUGUCAUACCUUCUCCUGUCCCCAGCAGCAGUGUCAUACCUUCUCCUGUCCCCAGCAGCAGUGUCAUACCUUCUCCUGUCCCCAGCAGCAGUGUCAUACCUUCUCCUGUCCCCAGCAGCAGUGUCAUACCUUCUCCUGUCCCCAGCAGCAGUGUCAUACCUUCUCCUGUCCCCAGCAGCAGUGUCAUACCUUCUCCUGUCCCCAGUAGCAGUGUCAUACUGCCUCUUGUCCCCAGCAGUAAUGCCAUCAGAGAUGCUCUAGAAAAGAGCACUGCCAAAUCACACGCGUCAGAGAAGACCGUCACACUGUCCCCUGUCCCUAGUCCCAUCACAUUGUCCCCUGUCCCUAGCCCCAUCACACUGUCCAAUGUCCCAAGCAGUGUCAAAAUGUCUCCUGUCCCCAGUGUCUCACCCUCCCCUGUCCCCAGUGUCUCACCCUCCCCUGUCCCCAGUGUCUCACCCUCCCCUGUCCCCAGUGUCUCACCCUCCCCUGUCCCCAGUACCACUCGGUCCCCUGUCCCCAGUACCACUCGGUCCCCUGUCCGCAGUGUCUCACCCUCCCCUGUCCCCAGUACCACUCGGUCCCCUGUCCCCAGUACCACUCGGUCCCCUGUCCCCAGUGUCUCACCCUCCCCUGUCCCCAGUACCACUCGGUCCCCUGUCCCCAGUACCACUCGGUCCCCUGUCCCCAGUACCACUCGGUCCCCUGUCCCCAGUACCACUCGGUCCCCUGUCCCCAGUACCACUCGGUCCCCUGUCCCUAGCAUCUAUACACCGUCCCCUUUCCACAGGACCGUCACUCCAUCCCCUGUGGCUAGCAGCACGGCCAUAAGAGAAGCUCUGAAGAAGAGCACCGCCAAAACACAUACUGCAGAGAAGACCACUGUCACACCGCUGUCCUUUACAACCAGACUCCACCCCCAGGAGACGCCCAGCAGCAGAGAUAUCCGUGUGAUGGCAGCCUCUCGCAGGACCAUGUCUGAGGAUGUGGUGCCUGAUGGGGGAGGGGACACCUGUACAGGGCGUGGCCGGGUAGCUCAGCUCAUGAAGACCUUCAGUGUGACAUGCCCCACUCCCUCCACACAGACCCCUCUCCCCCACGGCAACAAGCCCUCCAUCCCCACCAAACCCAGCCACCUGCGUCUCGUUGCCAGCCCCUCACUCAGGUAAUCCACAGGACAGGACCAGACCACCAGGCCCACCCCCUGUCCCCCAUUCCAUCCCCACCCAGGCCCCACUGGACGCUGCUGGACAUCCAGCCUGGGGCCUCAGCCACUGGGGACAGGCAUGCAGGCCACAUGAGUCUCUCAGGAACACAACCAAACCUUUGACUCAAUUGCUAUUACUCCAAAAGCAAUGCAAUGGUAUAGAGAUUUUAAAAUGUUUACUUUUGUUUACUUUUAAAAAAUGUUUACCAUGUUUUAUUUUAAAUUGUACAGUACUGUAAAUUCUCUCUGUGGGAAAGAAGAACCAAUAGCGUUGAUUGUAAACAGCAUCUUCCUUUGUAUCCUGCUUUUGCCCUUUUAUAUUCACAAAGGUAUUGGCUGGUUCCACCAAUUAGAUGCCUUUUUGAGUAGUGUAACUAUAUUUUAGAAUUUUAUUUCACCUCAUUUUAACAUUCGGACAAUGUUCAUCUUAAUAAAAAAUGUGUUUUCCCA